UAUAAGCAGCACUGUCACUCCCCUGACGAAGUUAUUUUCUCCUCCUCUGUAAAACCUAAAACUCUCAGCAAACAAUUGAUGGUAACAGAAUCUCCUAAAUUCCUCAAGUUGUUAUAGUUCAUUUCCUCUUCCAAUUAAUGGCAAGCCUUCCUGAAGAUAUUAUCAUGGAUGUACUUUUGAAGUCAUCAGUAAAAUCAAUCUCUCGUUUCAAGUGUGUGGGCAAACACUGGUAUGAAUUACUUAAUAACCCUAAGUUUAUUAAGAUGCACCAUCAACAUGCUAUUCAAAACAACAAAUUCAUUGUCCUACUUAGAGUAUAUCAUGAGUCACAGCUCUUUUCUUAUACCAUAGAUUUUGAUGUAGCAUCCUCAUCUUAUCAUAUGCCUAUUAAAGCUGAACUCCCACCUGAUACAUUUGACUUUGGCAAUAUUGCUUCAUGUGAUUGUCUAAUCGGUGUAAGGCAUGUUUAUGGGAAUAAUAUCUGCUUGUGGAACCCGUUAACUUGUACAUACCAACAACUUGUACAUACCAACGUUAAAUCGCAUGGAAGCCUAUAAUAGAGACUUAUUUUGGAGAUAUGGGGUUUGUUAUGAUUCGAAAAUUGAUGAUUACAAGUUGUUUAGAAUAGGGGCGAAUACACGAUAUAGUAGUACUUCUGAAGUUUUUUGUAGAUUAGGUUCGAAUUCAUGGAAUAGUAUUGGAAACAUACCUUACAAUACAUGUUACAGGACUAAGAUUUCUACCAAGACUUUAAAUGGAAUUAUUCAUUGGAUAGGAGAAACGAAAGUUAUAGUUUCGUUCGAUAUAGUUGACGAGCGAACGAAAGAGAUCCAAAUACCCAGUUGCUAUUUAGGUUACCCGUCUGGUUUUAUGGAAGUGGGUGUCUUCGGAGAGGAACUUUACCUAUUAGUUUAUGCUGUAGGGAAGAACAUUGAUCUAUGGGUGAUGAAGGAUUAUGGAGUUGUAGAUUCUUGGACCACAAUUUUCAGCCUUUCCCAAAGGACUGGAAAUUUUGAUAAAUUAUCGCCCUUGCAUUAUCUCUGUGAGAAACGCAAGAUUCUAUUACAGGGUUCUCCUUUAGAAAGCAAAGAGGAUUUUUUAAUCUCAUAUGACUUAAAAAGCGGAAGACUCACGACUCUUGAUAUUCCCUGCAUGCCAAAACAUUUUUAUGCAACUACUGUUGCUGGAAGUCUAUUUUCACUCAGUUCAGGUGAAUCAGGAAAGAGUUCAAGAAAAUAUAAGGAUGUCAGGAGGUACGCUUGUAAGUACUUUUCCCUGACAGUUGAGCGAGUGAAAUUCGGAUUAGGCAGGUGUGGCUGGCGCACAUAUUUUGUUUUCUGGCUUGUACUUCUUGGCAGCUAUCUGGCAUUGGGUAGAUUGGGACCUCAAAAGUGUCUUUAUCCUUUUGCUUGAAAUGGUUGAGCAAGAGAGUAUGGCGGCAGUAGGAAUUGACUUGACUCUCCUAUGCAUCACACAUUGGAUAUCUUAAUUCCCAGUAUUCCCCUCAUAAGUAAUUUCAGGUGCAGUUUUAGUUUACAAACCAUCU